CAGCAAAAGAAAAUACCUGCUGCCAUACCUAAAAAAGAAGCUCCACCAAUUACAGUGCCUGAGAUGCCAAAGAAAGCUGUGCCCAAAAUGAAAGUACCUAUUGUUGCACCCAAAGAAGAAGCUCCACCUUUUAAAGCACCUGAGGUUUAUGAGGAAAUUCCCCCAGAAGAAAAAGUUUCUGCUGCUAUUCCUAGAAAAGAGGAAUCUCCUCCAGCUAAAGUGCCUGAGGUGUCCAAGAAAGCUGUCCCAGAAGAAAAAGUGCAAAUUGCUGUGCCUAAAAAACCAGAACCUAUUGCUGUACCUAAAAAACCAGAACCCCUUGCUGUGCCUAAAAAACCGGAACUUCCACCAGCCAAAGUGCCUGAGGUGCCCAAGAAAGCUGUCCCAGAAGAGAAAGUACCUGUUGCUGUACCUAAAAAGCCAGAAGCUCCACCAGCUAAAGUGCCUGAGGUGCCCAAGAAAGCUGUCCCAGAAGAGAAAAUACCAGUUGCUAAAAAGCCAGAACCUCCACCAGCUAAAGUGCCUGAGGUGCCCAAGGAAGUCCCAGAGGAGAAAGUACCCAUUGCUGUGCCUAAAAAACCAGAAGUCCCACCAGCCAAAGUGCCUGAGGUGCCCAAGAAAGCUGCCCCAGAAGAGAAAAAAGUACCGGUUGCUGUGCCUAAAAAGCCAGAAGCUCCACCAGCUAAAGUGCCUGAGGUACCAAAGAAAGUGGUCCCAGAAGAGAAAAUACCAGUUGCUGUGCCUAAAAAACCAGAACCUCCGCCAGCUAAAGUGCCUGAGGUGCCAAAGAAGGUUGUUAUUGAAGAAAAAGUACCAGUUGAAGAGCCUGAGAAACCAGAACCUCCACCAGCUAAAGUGCCUGAGGUGCCCAAGAAAGUGGUCCCAGAAAAGAAAGUACCAGUUGACGUACCUAAAAAACCAGAACCUCCACCAGCUAAAGUGCCUGAGGUGCCCAAGAAAGCUGUCCCAGAAGAGAAAGUACCCGUUGCUGUACCAAAAAUAUCAGAACCUCCACCAGCUAGAGUACCUGAGAUGCCUGAGACAACUGUCCCAGAAGAAGAAGUCCCUCUGGCUGUGCCUAAAAAAACAGAACUUCCACCAGCAAAAGUGCCUGAGGUGCCCAAGAAAGCUGUCCCAGAAGAGAAAAUACCUAUUGCUGUGCCUAAAAAACCAGAACCUCCCCCAGCUAAAGUACCUGAGGUGCCCAGGAAAACUGUCCCAGAAGAAAAAGUGCCUGUGCCUAAAAAAACAGAACCUACUCCUGUGCCUAAGAAACCAGAACCUCCACCAGCUAAAGUGCCUGAGGUCCCCAAGAAAACUGUCCCAGAAGAAAAAGUGCCUGUGCCUAAAAAAACAGAACCUACUGCUGUGCCUAAGAAACCAGAACCUCCACCAGCUAAAGUGCCUGAGGUGCCCAAGAAAACUGUCCCAGAAGAAAAAGUACCUGUGCCUAAAAAAACAGAACCUACUGCUGUGCCUAAGAAACCAGAACCUCUACCAGGAAAAGUGCCUGAAGUGCCCAAGAAAGCUGUCCCAGAAGAGAAAGUGCCUAAAAAACCAGAACUUGCACCUGCUAAAGUCCCUGAAGUCACCAUGAAGAUUGAGCCUGAAGAACCAGAACCUGCUCCUACUUCAGAAAUAGAAGAGAUUUCUCCAUCAGAAGAAGAGCUCUCUCCAGCAGAAGAAGAGCUCUCUCCAGCAGAAGAAGAGCUCUCUCCAGCAGAAGAAGAG